AUGGGCAGCAAAUACCGAGCCGACGCUGCGAAGGAGACAGCACUAGAGCUAGAUGCACCAGUGGUGCCGAGUUAUGGAUUGUCUAAGGCGAAGAAGCCGUGGGCUCGACAAGCCCACGGCACGUGCGCAAGCAGAAGUCUCUCAGUCAAGAGGAGCCAGAAGCUGGUGAGGACGUCCGGAGUGCGGCGUUUGAACGUAUCCAACAGAACUACGCUGAGGCCAUGCGAAGCAUCAAGCGAGACGGCUGGGUGA